CCCGCGUUCUCCCGCACCGGCUUCAUUCCUUCGAUUGUCGUCGUGUGAUUCCUUUGGGCGAAGCGAAGCACCCUUCUAGACAUGUCUGGCCGUGGCAAAGGAGGCAAGGCGAAGGCCAAGGGAAAGUCUCGUUCGUCCCGCGCCGGCCUGCAGUUCCCUGUCGGCCGAAUCCACCGCCUGCUCCGUAAGGGCAACUACAGCGAGCGCGUCGGCGCCGGGGCCCCCGUCUACCUGGCGGCCGUUCUCGAGUACUUAGCCGCCGAGGUGCUCGAGUUGGCGGGCAACGCGGCCCGGGACAACAAGAAGACGCGCAUCAUCCCCCGGCACCUGCAGCUGGCCAUUCGUAAUGACGAGGAGCUGAACAAGCUGCUGUCCGGAGUCACCAUCUCACAGGGAGGCGUCCUGCCCAACAUCCAGGCCGUCCUCCUGCCAAAGAAGACCGGGCAGACCAGCACAGCCGGCAAGCCGGGCAAGAAAGGUGGUGCCAGCCAGGAGUUCUGAGCAGCCAGGCCAUCUCAAGAAACACCCUCCUUCAUUCCCUGCGCAAGCCUUCAUCCCUUCCACAUCAAGGCCCGUGUCCCUUUAGGCCUAGCGUCCCCUUCUUUCUCUUCCACCGCGGGUUUCCCGAAGUGGUCAGAAGACAACCGCAUCCCGCCUGAAAUGACUUUUUGUUCGCUUUCCUCCCUUCAUGUCCACCGUUCCUCGCCCUCAGCCACCCCAAAGGUACAUCAGUGAUUGUAAAUGAACACGGCUGCUGUUCGAAUAAACGCUUUGGGAUUGUGUAAAUGUG